CGGGGCGCCAACUGAUCAGCCCCCUUUGGGGCCCUUUGGGGCCACACGAAGGGGCCACAGGCCUUCAGUGGUCGUGCCCCUAUCGAAUUGUGAGCGUUUGUUUAGAAAUCUUCGCACGCAUGGUCUGGGCGGAUUGGCAAAUGCGCCGCACAGUGGGGGGCCCCCAUUUCAGUACUUUGUGGAGGUCCCCGACUGGAUGGUGAAGGCCCCUCAUUGACCUGAGCGGAGCCCCAUUGACCAAUCGCACGCGCUUUAACAGUAUAAACAGACACCAGGCCCAUUGCGAUUGUUUGGUACCAUUUAGUAGUGUUUUUAAGCCGCUGGUAGCAAGUUGGGGCCGCGCCUGAUCUUGCGAUGGUACGACGCUCGAUUUGUUUAUAGUGAGUGUUUUUGUCGGGGUGGUUCGCAUGCCCAUGUGGGCGCAAAAUGGACAAGGGUGAGCCGGCGGUCUUCACCCUGGACAAGACGAAAAUGCCGCGCUGUCGCCGCUUGUUCCAGCUGCUCCUCUUCGCUGUGUUUGUGCUCUACAUGGGAUUGUUGUUUUAUCACAAUUACUACAGCAGAGGCAGCUUGUCGCAACAGGUUCCACUCAAGGGACGGCCGUUGCUGAAAAAGCACAUAUUCGAGCGGACACUGUCCCAACAGCCCUCCAUAAACGACCAGUAUGAGAAUGGACUGUCGACCGAAGUCUCUUCGGCUACGGCCACAAUUCGACCGCCAGCCACCACUCUCGAUGACGUCUUCAUCAGCGUUAAAACCACAAAAAGUUACCACAGCAGCCGCCUGCCCAUCAUUCUUAAGACGUGGUUCCAGCUGGCCAAAAGACAAACGUGGUUCUUCACUGAUACGGAUGACGAGGAGUUCCAGCUGAAGACCAAUGGCCACAUGAUCAACACGAACUGCUCGUCGUCCCACAAUCGGAAGGCGCUUUGCUGCAAGAUGUCAGUCGAGUUUGAUACAUUUUUAAACACCGACAAAAAGUGGUUCUGCCACUUUGACGACGACAACUAUGUGAACGUGCCCAGACUGGUGCGGUUCCUGGCCGACUACAACCCGAGAGAAGACUGGUACCUGGGCAAACCCUCCAUCCAGGCACCCUUGGAAAUCGUGAGCAAAGACAAGAAAUCGCAGAUGGUGCGGUUCUGGUUCGCGACGGGCGGUGCCGGGUUCUGUCUGAGCCGCGCCCUCGCCCUGAAGAUGAUGCCGCUGGCAAGCGACGGCAAAUUCAUCAGCAUUGGGGAACGAAUCCGGUUGCCCGACGACGUCACCAUGGGUUACAUCAUUGAGCAUCUGAUCAAGAAGCCGCUGACUGUGAUUGAUGAGUUCCACUCGCACUUGGAGCCAAUGAAGUUCAUCCGCAAGGACCUGAUUGAGCAACAGAUCUCGUUCAGCUACGCCAAGCUGAAGGAGGAGUGGAACGUGGUGCGCAUCGACGGCAUCGACGAGAGAUUCGACCAGAACAGGUUCCUGUCGCUGCACUGCUUCCUGUUUCCGCGCUUCAACUUUUGCCCGAAUCGCCGGAAAAAAUAGCCAGGCCAGAGUCGACCUCCGACCAGCCCACCAGCGCAUAUCUGUGAUUGUUGUUUUUUUUCUAGUUUAGUCUAGUUACUGUUGUUUUUUGUCUGUGCUCAACCAGCUAUUUUUAUGCGGAUACCUGACGAACGCCACUGGCGAGUGCAAUUGAUGCGAAACGGCGUGCAAUAGUCACGCUUGGCCGGCCUGGCCACAUGCCCCCUAGAGGGCGCCACUUUGCUCACUGUUUUAUUGGAGCAAUGCAUGCGUAGCCAAUGCGGCUGAAACUGUUGCAAUUGUGUGUAAAUAAACUGUUCGAUUGAGUGA